AAGUUUAGAAAAGUAAGAAAUUGAGUGAUAAAAGAUACGAAAAAGAUAGUAAUUUAUUGUAAGACUUAGGAAAAAGAAUUAAGCAAUAUUUAGUAUUGUUAAAAGAUAUAUAGAAACGUGAAAUUAAUAUAUAUAAGAGAAAGUUAUAGAGAAUUUAGACGUAAUGACGACUCGUGAGGAUUCCGUAUAUCUUGCAAAACUUGCCGAACAGGCGGAACGAUAUGAAGAAAUGGUCGAAAGCAUGAAGAGAGUAGCGUCAUCUGACCAAGAACUUACAGUUGAAGAAAGAAAUCUUCUUUCUGUGGCGUACAAAAAUGUUAUUGGUGCGCGUCGUGCUUCUUGGCGUAUUGUAUCAUCUAUUGAGCAAAAAGAAGAAAAUAAAGGAAAUUUUUCUCAAGCUGGGUUGAUUAAGGAUUAUCGCUCUAAAAUUGAGUCCGAGUUAACUAGCAUUUGUAAUGAUAUCUUAGCCGUUCUGGAUACUCACUUGAUCGCCUCUGCAAAUACAGGAGAAAGUAAAGUAUUUUAUUACAAAAUGAAGGGUGAUUAUUAUCGUUAUUUGGCUGAAUUUGCAGUAGGAGAUAAGCGCAAAACUCCUUCUGAUGCUUCUUUGGCUGCAUAUAAGGAAGCUUCAGAUAUUGCGGGUACGGAUCUUCCUCCAACGCAUCCUAUUCGUCUUGGGUUGGCUCUUAAUUUCUCUGUUUUUUACUAUGAGAUAUUAAAUUCACCCGAUUGUGCUUGUCAUUUGGCUAAACAAGCAUUCGACGAUGCUAUUGCCGAAUUAGAUACAUUAUCUGAGGAGUCUUAUAAAGAUUCCACAUUGAUUAUGCAACUUUUAAGAGAUAAUCUUACGUUGUGGACAUCUGACAUGCAGGACUCAAAUGAAAAAAAUGACUCUAAAGAAGCUGUUUCGGAAAUUCCUGAUCCAGGAAAGCCCUCUGAAACAGAAGCUUCAAAAACAGAUGACGUUUGAGUUCGUUACAUGUUUUUAAGUAUAAAAUAUAAAAAUAUAGAAUUAACUAUUUAACAAUUAUUGAUUAAAAUUGUAUUUAUGUAUACAAGAGUGUAUCGU